AUGCCUAUUGCUAGGUGCGGGGACACUUGGAAGCUAUGUUGCGAGAAACCUGCUUGUAAGCGUGGGUGCCAUUCAAUGAUGAACGGGAUAACAGCUAAUUCCAUGUUCCAGGGCUGGGGUGUGAAUAAAGUGACAUUUGUCGACAAUGGUUCUGUUUCAUUUUCGAAUCCGGUCAGGCAGCCUCUGUUCAAUUUUAAGGACUGUCUUGGGGGAGGUGCAAAGAAAGCUCUUCGUGCUGCCGAGGCCCUCAAGGAGAUAUACCCAGGUGUUGACUCGACUGGACAUGUUCUCUCGGUACCAAUGGCGGGGCACCCGGUUGUAGAUGAAGAUAAAGCAAAAGCAGAAUUUGAGGUGCUUAAGAAACUUGUUGAGGAGCAUGAUGCCAUAUUUCUGUUGAUGGACACCCGAGAAUCCCGAUGGCUUCCAACAUUGCUAGGCAAAGCAAAUGGGAAAAUAGUUUUGAACGCUGCUCUAGGGUUUGACACGUUCGUAGUAAUGCGUCAUGGCUCCUUGACGACUGCAGGGUCAAAGGAUGGACUUGGAUGCUACUUUUGCAACGAUGUUGUUGCACCAGGGAAUUCUACCAAAGCGCAGACUUUGGAUCAGCAGUGUACUGUCACGCGACCGGGUAUUGCUGCAAUUGCGUCCGCUCUUUUGGUAGAGCUCUUCGUCUCUAUUAUCCAGCAUCCGCAAGGCGCUGAUGCUCCAGCAACUACCUCACCGGACGAAGACAACAUUAAAAGCCCUCAUCCACUCGGCAUAGUACCUCAUCAAAUAAGAGGGUAUCUUUCCAGGUUUAAUAAUGUUAUUGUCACUGGCAAAGAUUAUUCAUGUUGCAGUGCCUGCUCCGGUCGGAUUUUAGACCUGUACUUGCAAGAUGGCUGGGAUUUUGUCAAGAGAGCCAUGAAUGAGAAAUCAUAUAUCGAGGAAGUAAGCGGGCUUAAAGAGGUCCAGCGUUUGGCAGAUGCAGUUGCCGAAGGAAUCGGAUUUUCCGACUCGGACGAUGCUGAUGAUGAUGAAUUGGUCGAAAUUUGA